CCUUCCUCUCCCUCCCCCUCCUCCUCCUGUACGAUGCUCUCCCGGCUCAGCGAACUUUGUGUAGUCAGCGCUUGGCAACCUCAAGAUGGCACUGGAGGAAGGCCAGGUGUACGUGGUGACCGGAGGAUGCGGCUUUCUUGGCUCUCACCUGGUUCGAAUGUUGGUAGAACGAGGCAAUAACUUGUCUGAGAUCCGAGUCUUCGACCUACACAUGGAUGAGACCCUCGGGACCCUCGGCAAUGACAGAGUAAAGGUCAAGCUCGUCCGUGGCGAUAUCUCUUCAUACGAUGACGUCCGAGGGGUCCUGAGUGGAAGCCAUCUGGUCAUACAUACAGCUAGCCUGGUGGAUGUCUGGGGACGGGUACCCCCAAGUAAAAUCACUGAAGUCAAUGUCACAGGAACGGAGAAUGUCCUGAGAGCGUGUGAGGAGGAAGGCAUCCAAUAUCUGGUCUACACCAGCAGUAUGGAGGUUGUGGGUCCAAAUAUCCAUGGAGAUCCCUUCUUCAGGGGUAACGAGGAGACGGAAUACACCGUAUAUCACAACCAGGCUUAUCCACUCAGCAAAUCCAAAGCUGAGAAGAUCGUACUGGAGGCCAAUGGAAGGAAGGUGAAGGACGGGAAAACGCUUCAUACCUGUUCCCUGAGGCCCACAGGAAUAUACGGCGAGGGCCACGCGCUAAUGAAGGAGUUCUAUGAGCAGGGGCUGCGGAUGGGACGGCGUGUGUUCAGAGUCAUCCCCACCGCCACAGAACACGGCAGAGUUUACGUAGGUAACGUGGCAUGGAUGCAUCUCCUCGCCGCCCGCCAGCUGCAGGAACGGCCGUCCGCCUUGGGUGGCCAAGUCUACUUCUGCUACGACGACUCGCCUUACAAGAGCUACAUGGACUUCAACAUGGAGUUCUUGACCUCCUGCAGCUUUCGCAUGAUCGGCAGCCGCCCGCUGAUCCCUUACUUCCUGCUCUACAUGAUCGCCCUCCUUAAUGUCGCCUUGCAAUGGCUCCUUCACCCGUUCUGCGUCUACGCCCCCAUCCUCAACCCGUACACCCUGUCCGUGGCGAGCACCACCUUCACCGUGCAGACCGACAAGGCCGAGCGCCACUUCGGCUACCGGCCUCUCUUCAGUUGGGAGGAGAGCAAGCAGCACACCAUAGAGUGGGUGAAGGGCUUCGAGCAGAACGGCAAAGAUCGGUGAUGUGGGAUCUCAGAAAGGGAAUGUAGACGUUCCUUCCAACGUGGGAAGGAGAAGGAAGCGUUGAGAUGAUUGUGGAGGGAGAACAAUGCAAGACUUUCCAAAUUCACUUUAAUCAUCCCGAAAUUCAUUCCGUUACAUCGCAACUCUAUCACAUGAGCAGAUCGCCACGUCCGCCACGCCCGCCACGUCCGCCACGCCCGCCACUUCCCCCUUCCUCGCUAUCAAGUCUACAGAUUGUAUUUCUUUUUUUAAGGUCAAGGAUAUCUAAUAUGUCAAGUGUUAUAGUCCUGAGUGAAACGAGGUGGGAACCGUAUUUUCGUUGUCAUGCCGCGUACACACGAUCGGAUUUUCCGUCGGAAAAACCUUGGAUGGUUUUUCCGUCGGAAUU